AUGCUUAUUUUUCAACCAUACCCCACAGGCGGUCUUCGCAUGAGCAGCAAGCUCACCAGCAAGCUGCACAGGGGAGAUUUGGGCCCUGAUUUGGAUAAUGGCGAGGCGGCAGAGUUGGACAUCGAGAACAGCAGGCAGGAAGCCCAAGAGCUCCAAGAAGAGGAGGCUACCAAUCCAGACGGCACGGAAUCUGGACCUGAUCCAAACGAAGAUGUAGCGAUUCAUUUUGAAGUCAAAACAGUGGGGUACAUGCAGGCCGUUUCCGCAACAAUGAAGGGAAGAAGGCCGACAGACGAGGACAGGCUGACGACUCUGGAGCAACUCAAUGAUAAUGCAUUUUUUUUAGGUCUCUUCGACGGACACGGAGGAGCGGAAACUGCAGAAUACCUCAAACACAAUGCUCAUCAAAUGAUUGCUAAAGCCGUAGAUGCAAGACACAAACAACCACUUGAAUUUGAUGAGGAAGUAAUUGCGGAUGCCUGCACCGAGAUGGACAAGAAAUUAAUUGCCGACAGGGUAUGCAAUAACUCUGGGUCCACAGCCGCAAUGUUGGUCGUGGAGCGAGAUAUUCUGGCAGCAGACAGCUUCAAGGUUCACUCGAUUUUUGUUGGCGACUCCCGCAUAAUAGUAUUGAAGUUCGAUGGGGCCCCAAUUAGUUUGACCCAAGACCACAAACCUGAACUUCCCGAAGAGGCAGCCCGUAUUGAGGCAGCUGGAGGAGGCGUUUAUCAGGUCGGCGGUGUGUGGCGUGUAGGAGGGGUGCUUGCACUAUCUCGCGCAUUUGGAGAUGCUAUGUUUAAGGACUACACAGCGCGGCCUGCCGCAGAGCAGCAGGUUGUGGCAGUUCCCGGCCAGCGUACGGAAAGUAUCCCAAUUACAUCGCUCAUCCUUUUGGCUUGCGACGGCCUUUUCGAGACAGUAGACAAAGAUUUGGAAGAAGUACUCAAGUCUGCGUUGGCAGAAUCAAACGGUGGUCUUGUGGGAGCACUCCGAAGUCUCAUGCUUACAGCAUAUGAUCGCGGAUCAGGUGACAACAUAUCGGUCAUCGCUGCCACCAUGCAUUCCGAACUGCCACCACCAUCCCACAGACAGUUCGUCGUCGGGCGUAACGAUGCACUGUAG